AUGGCCUCGACGUGGUCAAAACUGGCCAGCUCAUUAGGCCGACUCAGACAAGGGCAAAAGACACCCGAGGAGCCGCGAUCGUUGCCAACCUCGGGUUUUAGCCUUAUAGAUCAAAGUCAAAAGGUGGAAGAAGAAGAAUUACCCGACUAUGUCGCUGACCGGUUCUAUCCUGUUCGUCUGGGUGAAGUGUUUCACGGCCGAUACCAGACCAUUGCCAAAUUGGGCUUUGGUAGCUCAUCUACCAUCUGGCUAGCUCGAGAUUUAAAUGAUCACCCAUAUGUCGCACUCAAAGUCUAUGUGCACACCUCUCGCUUCCAUCGGGAACUUCCGCUGUACAAAGACAUGGACCAAAAGCUUUCAACGACAGAGAACCCUGGUCGGAAGAACAUUCGGCAGUUACUGGACUCCUUCAACAUUGAUGGGCCACACGGCCAACACGUCGCGCUGGUCUUUCAGCCUGCCCAGAUGAGUCUUCGGGACAUGAAACUUGUCUUCCGGAAAGACGGUGGCUUUGACGAGAUGUUUGUAAAGGGGGCUGUGGAGGAGCUAUUAAAGGCCCUUGACUUUCUCCAUAACGAGGCUCAUGUGGUUCAUACGGUAGAUGUUCACUCUGGAAACCUGCUCUUGGGCCUAAAUGACGACUCAAUUCUUCGCCCACUAGAAGACCAAGAAUUUUCAUCCCCGGUUGCCCGAAAGGGGGUUUCUCCCGAUAGGACCAUAUACCUAUCCCGUCUCAUGCGCCCGAAACCUGGCCCAAUGCUGCUUUCAGGCUUUGGGGAGGCAAGAUCUGGCCCAGGACCUCACGCCGGCGAUAUCAUGCCAAUCCAAUACCGAGCUCCAGAAACAAUAAUGUGUAUCUCUUGGAGCUACCCAGUUGAUAUCUGGAGUGUUGGGCUCACGGCAUGGGAUUUGCUUGGACCUAAACGGCUUUUCACCGCCCAAGACGAGGAUGGUGAUAUGUAUGAUGCCGCACACCUGGCUCAACUAAUUGCAGCCCUGGGACCGCCUCCCUUGGAAUUCUUGCGACGAAACCCUGAGAGAGCUGCUGAUUUUUGGGAUAAGAAUGGAAACUGGCUAGGUCUGGCACCUAUUCCACCAAAUCGAACGUUGGAGGAGCUCGAAACAAGACUUAAAGACCCCUCGCGUUUCAUUGCAUUUCUUCGGAGAGUGCUGACAUGGGUCCCGGAGGAAAGGCCAACGGCGAAGGAACUGCUUCAGGAUCCGUGGCUAAGGGAGUAA